UGCAUUGCAAUUCAAUUCAAAUUCGUUCUAAUUAUUUUGGAAGCAAAUUCGUCCUGGAAAAUGUCUGGAAGAGGAAAGGGCGGCAAGGGUUUGGGAAAGGGCGGAGCAAAACGCCACCGUAAGGUGCUUCGUGAUAACAUCCAGGGCAUUACCAAGCCUGCGAUUCGGCGUCUGGCUCGGAGAGGUGGAGUUAAACGUAUUAGUGGGCUCAUCUACGAAGAGACGCGUGGUGUCCUCAAGAUCUUCUUGGAGAAUGUUAUUCGGGAUGCCGUCACAUACACCGAGCACGCUCGCCGGAAAACUGUCACUGCAAUGGAUGUUGUAUAUGCACUGAAGAGGCAGGGCCGUACACUGUACGGCUUUGGGGGUUAAGCGUUUGGAAUGUGCUUGCUUGGUUUCUUAGUUUACUUUGGAAAUUAGGGUUUCGUGUAAAUGCUUGGUUUAAUUGGGAUUAUCGUGGUAUGUGGUCUAAAUGAAUGUAAUGAGCUCUUUUGUAUCUUCAAUGUGAUGGUUGUUUUAACGAAGCGAAGAUUUCUGUUCUCUAAAUUUUUCGUUUAUUUCAAUGGAGUGAAAUUCCGUUUAAAA